UGUAACACACUAUCCGGCAGCGGUAGCUUCGGGUCGCACAUGCCGGACGAUGACCGACCUCCAACGACUGCAGGUGGAAUCUCGCAACAACCGACGACAACGACCCAGGCACGCACCAAACACGGCGACCGCACAAAUUCACAUUUGACUUCACACGACUUCCAAUUAUCUAGGGAGAGACGAUAAUAAUACUGAUUCUUUUUUUAUUGUCGGCUUCGCAACAUGGCACCCAUCACCGACGACGAAUGGGCCGACCUCGUCGCUCACGAGCUUCCCAAGACAUCGGACUCGGUCAUUCAGAAUUAUCUCGAGAGUCGCCGCGCCUUGAUGGCCCAGGAACAGAAACACCGGAGUGACUAUUCCUUCCGACAAGCUCUCUCGCCCAUUGCGAAGAGGGCAUGUGAGAUAGUAUCGAGGAUCCGCCAUGAAGAGACACGGCCUUCGGCCCCCCCACCAUCCCAGGAGAUGCCUACAUCGUGGCAAAUAAUCAGGCGGAUGCCAAAGGGUGCACUGCUCCGCGCGCAUUGCCACUCCCUUGUCGACAUACCUCAUCUCAUCGACGUUGCCCUGAACACGCCGGGCAUAUGCAUUUCAUGCCCCGACGGUAACCUCGCCACCCAACAUGCCAGGAAAGAAGGGCGUCUCCGUAUCCAGUUCAGGGCCAAGGCGGACUCCGAGGACGGUUCACUCUGGGGUGACGGCUACGCGCCCAACACCUAUAUCGCACUUUCCAAGGCCGCGGACGAUUAUCCCGAAGGAGGCAGGCAGGGAUUUGCGGAGUGGUUGAAGGGGAGGCGUAUUAACUCUACGCAGGACUCUAAUCUCCGGGCGGAUCGGGGAACAUCGUUGGCCUGCUCAGAGGUCAUGAGCGGCAUGAUCUACUAUGAGCCUAUUUGGCGGGCAUUCCUCCAACGGCUCAUGGCCAACCUCGUUGAGGACGGCGUAUACUGGCUUGAGCUUCGACUCACAUUCCCAUUCGGCUAUUACCGCGAAGGAUCGGAGGACCCGGACCCGGAUCACGACCAUAUGUUCCAAGCAAUUGGGGAAGAGGUGGCUAGAUUUCAGGCCACCGACUCUGGCCGGCGAUUCUGGGGACUCCGUGUCAUGUGGUCGACCUCGCGCCGCCAUGAUCCACGGUCGAUCAUCGAGGACGCCGAUAACUGUAUAUCAACGAAGCUUCUGUGGCCGCAAUUGGUGGCCGGGUACGACCUCGCCGGCCCCGAGCAUCUUGGCCGGCCGCUCGCGGACCUGCUUCCCGAACUGUUCUGGUUCCGAAAGCAAUGUGCCCUCGAAGACGUGCAGAUCCCCUUUUUCCUGGCCGCGGGCGGAUCGCUCAAUGACGACAACGCCACCGCGGAGCGCAACCUCUUCGAUGCCCUGCUCCUCGGAACGCGACGAAUCGGACACGCCAUGACUCUGCACAAACAUCCACGCCUAGUCGAGGCCAUCAAGGACAAACGGAUACUCGUGGAAACACCCGUGGUGUCUAGGCAUGGACCGCACGCGGCGUCAACAGGCAGCGGGAUGCCCCACUCUCUCCCAAUUUUGUUGGCGCAAGGCGUGCCCUGCGCCCUCUGCGAGGAUGAUGUCGGAAUUCCAUCACGGCAGGGGCGGCAUGGCGGCUCCCCGGCAACCAACAUUUUCUGGGGUGCAUUCCAAGCCUGUGACAGCACCGACCUCGCCACCUUAGGAUCACUAGCCGAGAAUAGCGUGCGUUGGUCCGCCUUCGAGGAUCAGGACGCGGAAAUGUGGGCGCGCGACGUCCGCGCGGCAAGCGUGGGGGCCGGAACGAAAGCAGCUCGCUUACAGCAAUGGGUCGUCGAAUGGGAGCGUUUCUGUUUAUGGGUCGUUACAGAAUACAGCGACACGCACGGCGACGGCGAAGACGGUGAUGCCGACAAGCCGUUGACUCACCAGCCACCUUUGAGCCGAAGUUUCACUUGAGCGGCUUUGGUGGUGUGGGUGCAGACGCCGCCGGGAGAAGGCGCGGGCCCGGGUCCGUGGUUGAGCUUCCGACCUCCCUCGCUCUGGUAGGCUUGGCUCGGGGCGAUGCAAGUGAGACGACUGAAACAUGGUGUCGCUGUGGCUUCGGACCUCUUCGACUCCUCGGCGCGGCAUCGCGAUGAUGAGAUGUUUCACAUUACGGCGCAGCGUUGUAUUGGGGGCCAGGACGCGGCUAUUCAUUUUUUG